AUGACGAAUGCGAUGGGUGUGCCACAGGGCUCGUGCCUGUCGAAUACCCUGUUCAGUUUAUUGCUUAACGACCUGCCCACCGCAAUACACGACGCGGAGAUAUAUAUGUAUGCCGACGACGUGGCUGCCAUCGUGACUGCGCCGACCACACGAGAACUGGAACACAAGUUGAACUCCGUAGUCCAGAGACUUGAGUUGUGGUUUCGGCUGAACGGCUUAGCCUUAAAUAGAGAUAAAACUUGUUACCUCUCAUUCCAGCUCAAUGGCGCGGCACCACCGACGUACUCAGUCGCUGCUGAACAAACAGCCCUGCAGAUGGUCCAAUCGGCUAGACUACUAGGCUUCCAAAUAGACAGCGGCCUUACCUGGGACCAACAUAUCGAUGACAUAUGCUCUAGGCUUGGCCGCGCAUGCUUUGCGCUCCGUCGCCUCGCGAGUACCGCGUCUCGCAGCGUUGUACUAUCGUGCUACUUUGCGACCGUCCACAGCCUCAUCACCUAUGGCGUGGAGCUGUGGGCGCGGGCUGCCGAUGCCGAUCGAGUCUUCAGGAUGCAAAAGCGGGCGAUACGCGCUAUUGCGGGCGUGCCCGAUGACGUGUCGUGCAGAGAGUUGUUUAAGGAAUUGGAUAUUUUGCCCCUUCCUUGUGAACACAUCUUCCAAGUUGCUCUCUUUACUUAUAAAAACUACGAUGCGUUUAGACAACGAGGUGUGAACGAAUCCCGCGCGAUGCGUAGCAACAAGCUUGCCCAUCUCCUCGUCACUCCCGCCCACAAACUACGCAGAUCAGAAAAGUCGGUAUACAUCUCGGGCCCGUCUGUGUAUAAUAGACUACCUGACACAAUAAAAAAAGAUGCAACUUCUGCGGUGGUCUUCAAAGCUAAAUUACGCAAGUGGCUUCUUAAUCAUCUAUUUUAUUCUGUAAACGAGUUCUACGAACUCCCAAUGAUAUAA